AUGCGAACUCGACUUGCCACCGCCAUGGCUGUGCUUGCUGGCAUGGGCACCUCUGAGUCGACAUUGCUGGCGGUGUCGCAAGUGCACUUGGCCCUCACGAAUGCCGUCCAAGAGUGUCCAAAUGGAGUAGCAGUCUCGUUCGCGUCGCAAACAGCAGCCCCGUUCGACGUUCGAUUCACCAUCAAAGGCUAUGACCAGUGGAGCGUUCGAUCGAGCACGAGUGACUCGUACAGCGUGACGUCCGGGAGGUACUCGUACCAGUCGCCGCAGUUGCACACGGCAUUCUUGUGCAAUUUGGCACCGCUGACAGCCUACGACUACGCCAUUGGAAACCGAACGAGCACGUUUGUGACGCCGCCGGCAGUGGGCAGCGAAGACGCGCCCACUGUCCUUGGCGUGGUCGGCGACCCUGGCGAUACAUCGGACAGCUCGCAGACACUGCGAAGCCUUGGGGAAGCAUACAGGGGCUUGCCGACCCAAGCCAUUUUGAUUGCGGGGGAUUAUAGCUACGCCAAUGGCGAACAUGAAGUCUGGGACAAGUGGUACGACGUCCAAGAAGACGUGUUUGCUCGUGUGCCGCAACUCGGGAUCAACGGCAACCACGAAACGAUCACGAGCCAUGGCCACACUCCAGGUCAUCCGGUCGCGAACGACAUGGCAGGGGAAGACUACGUCGCGUACUUGAAGCGCGCGGUCACGCCGCUUUCGGGGGAAGCGAAGGCUGCCAAGCGCACGUAUUACUCGUUUGACGUCGGGGUCGUGCACCUCGUGUUCCUGGACGACUACUGGAAGCACGAGCGAGCCGUGCAACUGGCAUGGCUCGACGUUGACUUGGCCGGUGUCAACCGCACCAUCACGCCGUGGGUCGUCGUGGUCAAGCACAAUCCGUUCUACAACACGUGGAUGGACCACCAGUGCCAGUGCUCCAAGCACAAGUACGUCAUUGCCCCCGAGGACGCGGAAGCAUGCUGGAAUGGCCAGUACGUAUCUGGGUCCCCGAUGUACGAACCAGCGUGUGGGUUACAAGCCAAGUUUGAAUCGCUCUUUGUCAAGUAUCGAGUGAAUGUGGUCAUUGCGGGUCACGUCCACGGAUACGAGCGGACGGCACCGAUCGUGAACAACGAGAUCAACGCGACGCAUGGCGUAGUGUACGUGACUACGGGGGCGGGCGGGAAUUACGAAGGUCACGCGGGGCCACGAGUGCCAGGGACGCUUCCGCCGUGGUCGACGCGGGUAAACAACCAAGUGUACGGCGCGGCCAAGGUGAUUGCGACUGGCGACUGGUUGGAGGUUUUGUGGUUCGCCAACACGCACGGGAUGGAGCCUUGGGACGCAGUCACGUUGACACGUCGCGAGGACGUCGACGACGUGGCCGACGAAGGGUAG